AUGUGGCGCACCCUCACGCUGUGCGUCUCGCGACGUGGUGCGCUUUUCGUCUCCAAGAAGAACCUGCGUUUGAAGUGUGGCACGUGCCGUCGCCUGCUGCCCGCGGCGCACUUUAACAAAACCACCACACUGUCGCAGUCCCUUGUCUGCGUGGACUGCAAGCGCCUCUGCGUCCUCUGCGGCCUGCACUUCACACUGGACCACUUCACGGACGCCGGCGCCGAGCUGUGCGACAGCUGCCUGGCGAAGCGACACGUGGCACGGGAGAAUGUCUACUUUCGCUACCCCGUGCUCAAGUACCGUGCCUGCCCCUUUAGUGUCGACCAGAUGCGGGAGGAGAUCCGCCACGAGGAAGGCCCAAGAGGAUGA